CAUGCCCUGUCAUAUUUAAUUAAAUUCUUUGGGAAAUCAAAUCAGUUGAUCACUACAUUAGACAUACCGCUAAUAAACAACGUGGACCAAAUCGUGACUGAUCGAUUAUAUAAUUCAAAAAACGUUUAUAUAUAUUUUAAACAUUUACUUAGCGCUCAGAUUUACUUAGGCUUUACGACUGGAUCAACAGACCUGUUUCAGAGAAAGCAAGCAUAUCAGCUACUUUCAGUAUGGAAGGAAUUGAUGGAAUGCAAGGGUUCAAACAUAGCCCAGGAAGAAUCAUCCUCAUUGUGCUCUCUACGUUGUUUUUCGCCAAUACGCUCUUCUUCAACUACCUUAGUGCGGCAGGACAAGGAUUAGGAGGUGUUUUUCUCAACACGACCGGGGGGAUAUCAAAUAAAUAUCAACAUCAAAUAGUUCCGGCUGGAUGGACAUUUUCAAUUUGGGGCGCAAUUUAUUUAUGGCAGGCCAUUUGGAUCGUCUAUGCGUGGACUACAGUUUGCAGGAAGAGUGCUAGCGGCUACCUAUACGUCUCUCCCGGGCACAUGCCCCCGGCUAUGUACGGAGUCUGGAUCUUGAACAUGGCAUUAAAUGUAUCCUGGUUGAUACUCUGGGACAGGGAGAUGAUAAUAGUUUCUCUAUGCGUGAUUGCGUUGAUGCCGUUCACACUUUAUAUCUGCAUCGGUAUCUCAAUCUGGGGAGUCAACAAAAGUUCCGAUUAUCUAUCAAAAUCUGGAAAUGCAGUGGACAUUUGGCUGACCAGAUUUACCGUUCAAAAUGGCAUGGCUUUCUAUGCAACAUGGACAACUCUCGCCACUCUUUUAAACUUUACAUCCGUUUUGAUAUACAAGGCAAAUGUUGAAAACAGUAUCGCAUCUACGAUAUCAUUAAGUAUAGUUACUGCAGAGAUAGUUGUUUACUUUACAUUGGACAUGACUGUUCUAGAUAGGUUCACCAGGUACCUGUUUAGCCCAUACAUCGUGUGUAUAGUUGCGCUCUCUGGCGUUCAUAGCAGGAACUGGAACCCCGAGUUAAGGAACUCUAUAUUUAAUGCUGUAUUGAUUGGAGUCGCCUGUGUCUGCUGUUUGGCUAAGAUCAUUGUCAUGUUCUAUAGACACCUCACAAAGCCUUUUAACGCUAUUGCCAUCACUGUUUAGAGCAUUAUAAAUGAUAUACUCUUGACUAUUUUUUUCCUUUAUACUCAAUUUUAUACUAUGCUCUGGGUUAUAUAGAAAGAUGGCAGUGUCGUUUACUAAGCUCUUUUGAUACCAUUUCUUCCAAAAAUAUUUAUUUAGAGUGAUGCAAACCAUGUUGCCGUAUUUCUAGUCUAUCCAAUAGCUAUCAUUCAUUUACCGGACUCUUCGUAAACCUGUCGCUAGGAAGAGGCGUGUACAAUGUAUAUUGCGAUAACCAGCCUUGCUGAUAAAAAAGUUUUUAAUUACAAUUGUAUAAAUUGUAUAUAAUGAAUUAUCACCAUUGUAUGAGUAAUGUAUUACCAUGUAUAUAAAAGUAU